AUGGCACUUUUCAAAGAGUGUUCGUUGUGUAUAAGCGAUAAUAACCAGAUUAUUGCAUCACGCCGAAACUCUCUCACCCGCUUCAAGCCGAACACUGACAUAAUACAGUGGAAGCACUGGAAAAUCGAAAAAACACGAUAUUUUUUUAUUAUAUUCUUCGUUCAAUAUGACCAACACCAUCUACCACCGCUUCAUUCCAAGGUUCCCUUUGACAUUUAA